ACAUUGAAUCUACCAUGUGUUCGAGCUAGGGAAGUGUGUGUCACAUGAAAUGAGACGAUUGUGGCUUCAGGAAACUUUUUAAAGACGUUUCCCUGAAGCACGGACACAAAACAAAAACCCUGAGCUUUCAGCCAUGACCAACAUCCAGAUCCGGACGUUCCGGGAGGAGGACGCAGAGGUCGUGAAGGAGCUCUUCACCCUGGCGAUGAGCGAGCACGUGCCAUCAUCGUUCACGCACCUCCUGAAACAGCCGCCGACCCAGAUGCUUCUCAUGUGCGUGUUCUGCUCCCUCAUGGCCAGCUCCAAGUCCUUCCUCCUGCCCAUCCUGGCCGUCACGCUCCUCCUGGCCGGCGCUCGGCAGCUGGUCGUCUACAUGUUCAACAGUUACAUCGAGACGACCCUCAAGAAGGACCUCAACAACAUCAGCGACACCUACCUCAAACAGAAGGAUUCCUGCUUCUGGGUGGCUGAGAGCGACGGCCGGGUGGUCGGCACAGUGGCCUGCCUCCCCGCCGAGCUGUCGCCCGGGUGCUUGGAGCUGAAGCGCAUGUCGGUGCGCCGCAGCUACCGCGGGCUGGGCAUCGCGAAGGAUCUGUGUCGGACGGUGGCUAACUUCACCCGGGACAGGGGCUACCCGGCCGUCGUCCUGUACACCUCGGUGGUGCAGACGGAUGCUCAGAAGCUGUACGAGCACAUGGGCUACCAGAAGAUUCGAGAGUUCGUCGUUCCCGAAUUGAUUGCCAAAAUAGUGAACUUCACGCUGCUCGAGUACAGACUGGAUUUACAGCAGGACGGGAAGAAGAACUGAACUGGACAUUAAACUUGUGUCACACUUCAUAAUGGCAGCAACAUCUUUGUCUCGAUUUUAUGAACUCAUUUGUUCGUGUCAUGCCAGUACGGUGCGGGGUCAGGGGUGUUUUCUCUUGCUGCAGCAGACACACACAGGGCAGGACAUUCUUCAUGCUUUUAUUAGCGCUUCUUAAGCUGCUGUUGCAGUGGGAUGUUAUGACAGAAUAAAUAGUGAUGAUAGUAGGUUUGUGUGACUAGAGCUUCUCCCAUUGAAUACAUUUAAAUUAAUAAGCGCUGUUAAUUUUGUAUUAUGUCUUUUUCUGUCUGUGAUAGCAUUUGCUUGAUUCCAUAUUUUAGGGUGUGUUUGGACUCAGAUUUAUUCUACUGGUGAGAUGACUGAAUUACUGCAGCGUCAUCUGAGUGCUGAAUCUCUUUGAAGCAUCAGGUUCCUCUUCAUCCUGCCAUGGUUAUUAUACCUGCUUAAUGUUUUGCAUUUAGUAGAUUUAUAUGUCAACCUGUUCUGAUGAUUGUUUCGAGCCUUGAGCUGGUACUUCAGGCAUCUUUUUCAUACCUUACUGAGUGACCCGCAGUUAGCAUUUAGGGUUAAUUCAGCAGUUAAUGUAACCGUGGUCUGGUGAUUGAAGUCCUGUUUAGCAGAUAUGGUAUAAAUGAGCAGUUUCCUCGUGUGAACACUAAACUACUUUAAUAAGUCUAGCACUACACUGGUCUUUUCAUUGACACUACAUGCAGUUAACUCCUGACUCCAUUUGGCUUUUGGGAAUCAUUCCCCCCAAAGGUUUGCUUUACUGUCCCACAACAACUCUAUGUCCAAUGGCUCUCUUCAAUAAAGACAUGAAACA